CCCACCGCCGCCCGAAGACCGCACCCAGCGCCCUUCUGUGAGCUUCCCAGCGUCUCCCGGGGAGCUCCGUCCGAGACUUCCUUGAGAAAGCCAUCAUGCCCCACCUCCGAGCUCAAGAGGUCCAGCAGCUGCUGCACAACAAGUUCGUCGUCAUCCUGGGGGACUCCAUCCAGCGCGCCGUGUACAAGGACCUGGUGCUCCUGCUCCAGAAGGACUGCCUGCUGUCUUCCAGCCAGCUGAAGAGCAAGGGUGAGCUGAGCUUCGAACACGACGUGCUCCUGGAGGGCGGGAGGUGGGGACCCAUGCACAACGGGACCCACUACCGCGAGGUGCGCCAGUUCUGCUCGGGUCACCAUCUGGUGCGCUUCUACUUCCUCACGCGCGUCUACUCGCCUUACGUCGAGGACAUCCUGCAUCAGCUGCGUUGGGGCGACUACGCCCCGGACCUGGUGGUCAUGAACUCGUGCCUCUGGGACCUGUCCAGGUACGGGCACAACUUCCGCAGGAGCUACCGAGAGGACCUGGAGAGGCUGUUCCGACGGCUGGAUCAGGUGCUGCCAGCCUCCUGCCUCCUGGUGUGGAAUACCACCAUGCCCGUGGCCGAGGUCAUAUCCGGGGGCUUCAUGCUGCCUGAUGCGCCCGCCUGCCCAUCACGCAUGCGGGAAGAUGUGAUCGAGGCCAACUUCUACAGCUCAGCCGAGGCGGUGAGGCGUGGCUUCGAUGUGCUCGACCUCCAUUUCCACUUCCGCCACGCGGGGCAGCACCGGCUGAGUGAUGGGGUGCACUGGGACGAGCGUGCCCACCGCUACCUCACGCAGCUGCUGCUGGCGCACGUGGCCGACGCCUGGGGCGUGGUCCUCCCCGCGCACAACCCCGUGGGCAGGUGGAUCAGGGAUGUGCCAGCCGAGGGACAGCCAGACCGGGCAGACAGAAGGGCAGAGAGAAGGGCAGAGAGAAGGCAGCCUCAAGAUCACCACAGAUGGGAGCAGCGUGAAACCCCCGUGUCCAGGCGCUCUUCCUCUCCCAGGUACCACCACCACCGCCGCCACAGCUCUUGGAGAUCCUCCUCUCACACCGGACACCUGCUGAGCCGCAGAGACGACCCCAGGCCCUCCCCAUCCUCCCAGCAGCAGCCAUUCCACAGGGAUUCCCGGAGGCACAGGUAUGGAUGUGGCAGGGAACCCGACUCUGCAGAUCGUGAACUGAGGCCAGGCCCCAUCCGCAGAAUCUAUACCCAUCACCAAAACAGGGAGUCUUCCCCUUACCCUUCCCGGCACCACAGAGAGCCACACAGAUCCCAUCGAAGGCACAGCCAUCGACGGAGCUAA